UCGAAGCAACAUACGCCAGUCGCCCAGACCGGAAAGACAGCCCCAUGGAAAACGGGGAAACUCGGUUCACAGACGGAAGCAGUUACGUCCUAAAUAAUAAUCGACAUGCGGGAUAUGCCAUCACCACCAGCCAAGAGGUAAUAGAAUCAGGGGCUUUGCCCAUGAACACCUCCGCACAGAAGGCAGAAAUAAUUGCUCUAACCCGCGCCCUGGAAUUGGCCCAGGGCAAAGUUGUGAACAUUUAUACAGACUCAAAAUAUGCCUUUGGAGUUAUACACGCACAUGGAGCAAUUUGGAAGGAGAGAGGACUAUUGAGUUCUCAAGGGAAAAAUAUCAAACACGCAGAAGAAAUUCUGAAGUUACUGGAAGCUGUCCAGCUCCCUAAGAAAGUAGCAAUUAUGCAUAUUAAGGCACACCAGAAAGUGAGCUCAGAUUUGGAAAAAGGGAAUGAGCUGGCGGACAGAGAGGCAAAACAAGUGGCCAAAACAAAGGUAAAAACAGAAGGGGCCUUAAUUCCUGAUAGGCAGAUUUCCCUAGAAGGUAAGCCAGAAUACACCAAGGAAGAUCAGAAGCUCAUUACAGAUUUAGAAGGGUCAUAUAACGAAGAGGGGUGGGCUCAUACCCCACAAGGAAAGCUAAUCGUUCCCUCUUGCUUAUUAUGGCAUUUGAUACGGGAGGAACAUAGGAAAAGACAUUGGGGAACAGAGGCUCUGUAUAAUCAUUUGAUAAGAGAAAUUGUGGCUAGAAAUUUAUACACCACGGUGAGACAGGUGACUCAACAGUGUGAUCUUUGCCUCCAGACUAAUCCUAAGAAUACCCCAAAGCCGGAAAUGGGCCAGAUUGGAAAAGGCAAUGGGCCUGGACAACAAUGGCAAAUUGAUUUUACAGAACUUCCAAGAAAAGGGGGGUAUCGAUAUUUAUUGGUAUUAACUGAUACCUUCUCAGGUUGGCCAGAAGCAUUCCCAACAAGAACGGCUAAAGCUCGGGAGGUAACUAAAAUACUGGUACAAGAGAUAAUACCACGUUUUGGGGUUCCAGCAACCAUAUCCUCUGACAGAGGACCACAUUUUGUCUCAAAAAUAGUACAACAAAUUAGCCGCCAUUUGGGUAUAGAUUGGCAGCUUCAUACUCCAUAUCACCCCCAGUCGAGUGGUCAAGUGGAAAAAAUGAACCACUUAAUCAAACAGCAAAUUGUGAAAUUAGGACAAGAAGCAAAUUUGACAUGGCCUCAGUCUCUCCCUUUAGCCCUUCUGCGUAUACGAACAAGACCAAGGGCGAAAGAAGGACUGAGCCCCUUUGAAAUUCUGUAUGGACAACCCUAUGGGAUACAGAGAGGGGUGUCUGUACAAGCGGGGGAUGAAAUUAUGACUUCUUACAUGGUAGCAUUAGGUAAGCAACUUAAUAAAAUCAGGAAGCAUGUGGUAGGGACUCAAGGGAGAGGUUUGGAUGGGCCUGUACAUAAUAUACAACCAGGAGAUUAUGUGUAUAUAAAGUCUCUUACAGAAAAAACUCUGGAGCCACAGUGGGAAGGACCAUUUCAAGCGUUACUUACCUCCUUCACCGCGAUUAGGAUCAAGGAACAGAGCGCCUGGAUCCAUCACACUAGGGUGAAGAAGGCACCCAAAGGACAAUGGACUUCACAAGAAAAGGGACCUUUGAAGCUCAAAUUUGUAAAACAUUGAUUGUCAUGCUCCUGAGUUGGACCUUGCCCAAGGGGCAGGCUUGGGAUCGAAAUACUUAUUUAAAUAUGACAGAGAGUAUCUCGAAAGUACUAAAUUUAUCAGAUUGUUGGGUAUGUAAUCCCCUUCCUCGGGGGAACAUGGAACUCCCCUUUUUAGGAGUCCCAACCACAAAUUGGACAUCUCUUAUUAAAGACGGGCCAGACAGGAAUGGAUCAUGCCUUUAUGGAAAGGGAAAUACCCAGCGGGGACCCAGCUUUGAUCUGGAGGUACCUGACCCUAAAGAGGUCUUAAUUACUGGCCGUUGCUUAAAUAUUACUGAUAAUAUUUGGGGAGACAUGGAUAAUUGUAGCCUUGUGGAAAAUCUGGGAACUUUUGAUAAAGGAAAAUUAGAACAUCUUGGACUGAACUUAACUAUCAGUUUCUAUUAUAUCCGGAAACCAAAGAGGGGGCCAGGAAAGAAGGGGCGAGAACAAGACAGAAGGGAGCUGCAUCUCGGUCCAAGAUGCAACAUAGGGCCCGGAUACUGGUGGCUCUGUGGGGAUGGCAGGGCCAGAAAGAGUUUACCCCAGAACUGGAAGAGACACUGUGUUCGGGGGGUACCUUGCACCUCAGAUCAGUAUAUUCGAGGGAGCUUCGCCUCCCCGAGGGUUUUUGAGAACACCUUGGCUCCGUGUAAAACGGACUGAAAACCCACUAAUUAUUCGAGGUACUAGGUACCAUAGUGUUGUCCGAUGGUUAAUCCCCUCUUUAGGGGUAAGUGAGUUGGAGAAAGCUAUCGUGAAUAUAUCUGCUACAUUAGAGGUUAUAGAAAAUGCUACAAUUGAUGCAAUUCGAGGGCUGCAACUGGAAAUACAAUCCCUAAGUAAAGUAGUACUCCAAAAUAGAAUGGGAUUGGACAUGCUUUUAGCAAAAGAAGGGGGCUUAUGUGUAGUUAUAAACCAAACUUGCUGUACCUAUAUCAAUCGAAACCAACGAAUUGAAACAGAUCUUGAAGAGAUAUGGGAAAAGACUAAAAUACUACAUGAAGCUUCCCAAGAUGACACUUCUUGGGGCUUGACAGGCAUAUUAGAAAAAUUAACCUCCUGGUUGCCAAAUUUGGCAUGGUUGAAGCAAUUGUUUGUCACUAUAAUAAUCAUCAUUCUCUUGUCUGUGGUCCUUUGCAUAGUGGUUCGAUGUGGCUUUUUGUGCUGUAAGAGUACAGGAGACUCUUACAGUGAAUGGAAAAAGAAUCAGUUACGACAAAAACUCGAGACCAACAAAUACUUUGAGAGGAUACUAGAUAGGGAAACAAUGUAUUAGAAGUACUAGGAUUAGAUAUAGUAAAAGAAUUUACUAUUUUCUAGAAAAGGGGGGACUGAGACAAGGGGAGUCAAAAGAAUCUCAAUAGACAUAAUAAAGGGGGAUGAGAGAUGAUGUUUAGCGCU